AUGGAUGAAGCCCACAACACAGUCAUAGAGGGACAGGAAACCUUGUUCCCAAAUGGCGGAUGGGAUGUACACCACCACAUCUUUGAGCCUUCUAGGUUUCCCUACGCCCCUGAUAGACAUCUUACACCGCCGGUCGCAUCCAUCAAAGCAUACUUGAAGUGGAAAGCAGAUCUGGGCCUUACACACUCAGUCCUUACUCACGGACUGUCGUAUGGAAAUGACUGCACAUCCCUCCAAUCAUACGUGCCAGAGUUGGGCAAAAGCUGCACUUUGGGAAUCGGCGUCAUAGACCCAGCAACUACAACCCCUGUCGAACUCCGACAGAUGAGAGAAGCCGCAAUUCGUGGCAUUCGGGUCAAUAUCUACAAGUAUAACGCCAUGCACAACGUCGAGCGCCAGAAAGUGGCGCUGAGAGAGCAUGCCGCAGUCGUGAAACGCCAUUGCCCUGGUUGGAGCAUGGCCUUCGCCCAUACACAUCUAGAAUUUUGGUGCGAAUUAACACCAGUCGUGGAGAAAAUUGCUGCAAGCGGUAUCCCCAUCGUCACUGAUCACUUUGCUCUCCUUAAAGCCGCUAGCACAUUGCCAGAGGAGUACAAGGGCGACAUCACUUUACAACCUGGUUUCGCGGAUGUUGUAUCGCUUGUACGGUCUGGCGCUCUGUACGUCAAAAUCAGCGCACCGUAUCGGAUUAGUGACUUGGCGCCUGACUACGCAGACGUGCGCCCUUUGGUCACUGCAUUAGUAGAAGCGAAUGCGCGGCAGAUACUAUGGGGUAGCGACUGGCCUCAUACGCCGAGGAUGAGGGUCAGGUCAAGGGAGGAGGCGCUUCAGGAAACUCCUUAUCUGAAGAUUGAUGACCGGGCAUGGCUAAGACAGCUAAAGAGCUGGUUAAAAGAGGAGCAGUGGCAUUUGAUCAUGGUGAAGAACCCGCAGAGGCUUUACGGCGGGCAGUAG